AUGAGAUUGGAAGACUCUUUUAUCCCCCAGGAAACGCCGGUGAAAAAGAACGAUCUAUCGACGAAGAACUUUGUUUUUGAUGUUGCCAAAAAUAAAUUCCUGGAAAAGAAUGAAAAACCACACACGAAAACAUCGUUAAUAACAGUAUCAAUGGUGAAUGGAGAAACCGUCCAAACCUUCGAGAAUCUUCUUCACAUUUCUAAAGGUCACCGAAAAAAUCUUUGGAAGAGAUUUAACAAUAAGGAGUACACUGUUGAGGGAGAUAAAAAUUCAUGGGUUCGAGAAGACUGGGGUUACCCGAAAGACAGAGCGGUGUCAUCGAAAAAUACCCAACCUGAUCAACAGAAGAAGAAUUCUUCCAGUAAGAACGUUUCAAGCGAUACCCCUAACAACGUCGUUUUCCAUGGGGCCAGCGAAUACGAAGAUCCAAAACCUACAAGAGUCAUCUAUUCAGCAUUUUCCAAAGAAGCAAUUUCUUUCUACUCACUCCCGGUCCUCGACUUUUUCCGAUUAUACAGAAACAAAUGCUAUUAUGAAGAGGAAUCGCUGCUCAUUUUUCCUCCCAAAGAAGGGGACUCUCGCAAAAGAGGUUUCAGAAAAGAGGCUUUCUUAAGACUUCAAAUUCCUUCUGGUUCUCUUCGUAAAGAAAGCCCUGAUCUUCUGCCUGAGAUGCUUUUGUUUGAAAGAGCUAUUCCUUUCACGCCUGAAAUAUGCUCUUCAUUACCGAAGAGAUGCGACCCCGAAAGCAUUCAAAACUACAUCGAGGAGAAAGUCGAAUCCACCGUAAAAAGAAUUAAACUUAUCAUGGGAAACCCAAACGCUGACACAAGCGAAUCAAAUGCAGUCGAGAAUCUCGCCAAAGAGCUGUUAAAUAUAACGAAAAAAUUGGAAUUGAUGCAGAAGCGACUUGAAAGCGGAACUCUUCAUUUUCUUGGGCAUGAACCUUGGAGAUUCAUCCCUAAAGCAAAUAAAAUCAUGGCGAUUCGAGCUGCUCUUCAGUCAAAAAAAACGACGAUCUUCUAA